AUGGAAGCAAGCAAGCUGGCGGAAUUCAACAUGGCAUCCGGCGAAACGCUGUAUAUCGAGACGGACGGCUCGGAGAUGCCGGCUGAAAUUGUGGAACUUCACGAAAUAGAAGUGGAGACCAUUCCGGUGGAGACGAUCGAGACCACAGUGGUCGGCGGCGACGAUGAUGAUGACGAACAGCCCAUGAUCGCGCUGCAACCGCUCGUAACUGACGACCCGAAUCAAGUCCACCAUCAGGAGGUGAUCCUGGUGCAGACCCGGGAGGAGGUGGUCGGUGGAGACGAGUCCGAUCUGCGGACAGACGACGGGUUUGAGGACCAGAUCCUCAUCCCGGUGCCUGCUCCCGGCUCUGAGGAGGAGUACAUCGGACAGACUCUGGUCACGGUAGCCGGGAAGAGUUCCGUGGGUCGAGUGAAGAAGGGGGGAAGCGGUGGAAAGAAAGCGGGUAAAAAGGCUUACCUGAGCGCUAGUGAAGCCACUGGGAGAAAAUGGGAGCAAAAACAGGUGCAGAUAAAGACUCUGGAAGGCGAAUUCUCCGUGACGAUGUGGGCGUCGGAUGAUAAAAAGGACAUUGACCAUGAAACAGUCGUAGAGGAGCAGAUCAUUGGAGAGAACUCGCCUCCAGAUUACUCUGAAUACAUGACUGGGAAAAAGCUUCCUCCUGGUGGAAUCCCAGGCAUUGACCUCUCUGACCCUAAACAGCUAGCAGAAUUUGCCAGAAUGAAGCCACGAAAAGUCAAAGAGGACGAUGCACCGAGAACGAUAGCCUGCCCACACAAAGGAUGCACUAAAAUGUUCAGGGAUAACUCCGCAAUGAGGAAACACCUACACACCCACGGGCCCCGGGUACACGUGUGUGCCGAGUGCGGAAAAGCCUUUGUUGAGAGUUCGAAACUAAAACGCCACCAACUUGUUCACACCGGAGAAAAACCUUUCCAGUGCACUUUUGAGGGCUGCGGGAAACGCUUUUCCCUGGACUUUAACCUCCGCACACAUGUACGAAUUCACACCGGAGACCGCCCAUACGUCUGUCCUUUUGAUGGCUGCAAUAAAAAGUUUGCUCAGUCUACCAACCUCAAGUCGCACAUCCUUACACAUGCGAAAGCCAAAAACAACCAAUGAGCAGCUCUGGUCUGCAUUUCUUUUUUUUUUUCCCCCUUUUUUCUUUUUUUUUCUUUUUACACCUGAAUCCAGCCUCGACGUGACAGCAUCUUAAAACACUGGAGGUCUGAACUGUGCUCUUCUGUAGUUCUCCUAAGGAGUGCGGAAAUGUUGCCCUAAAGGACUCAGGGUUUAAUUAUGGUAUAUUGUAAAAGACACAAAGUGAAACAUUGGGAACCCCUGUAUUCUUGGAUCAGCCCGCUAAGAGUGUGGCCCUUACUGAGGAGCAGAGCACGGCCGUGUCCGGCCCAGUCACCCAUCCCACAUUGUGAUGGCUUAUUGCAGCCAGCAGAAUGAUGGAACUCAUGGACACUUAUCUGUAGACAUCGCUUUUUACCACAGUUAAGGAACAAGAACAUUGCUUCAUUUUUCUUUUCACUAUUACAUCGAUUUCACCAGUCUGCAUAGAUAUAGCUUUUAAUUUUGUAUUUCUCCAAGUGUGCAUAUUGUACACUUAUUUUUGGAAUGUACUUAGUAAUGCAACCUUGUGAUCAUUCUUUAUCCCUGAGAACUUAUGGUUUUGCUUAGGGCGUGUUCUUGAAAGGGUUGAUUUAUAGUUACUGUAAGACAAUACUUCAAAAGUAUUUUAUGUAAAAAGUUAUCUUUUUUUUGUUUGUUUUGUUGCAUUUUUCUCUUUGGUUGUAACCUAACCAUUGAAUAACCUUGUAUACGUGUAUUGUAAGGCCGUAUGAAGAUCACAUAGAAAUGGACAGCGGUGUGAUUUCAAGUGUUUACUGCUUUAAAGCAUUCAGUCAUCGGUUGCUUUCUCUUUUGUUACGUUGUCUCACAUGGAAAAAGAAUCAUUAACUCACUUUUAAACCCAGAAAGUGAACCACUUCUCACGAUAAACCACAAUGUGAGUUUGUUUUUUCUUUGUUUGUAAUGUAUUGUAAAGCCCUAAAUCAUGAAAUAUUCUUUGUUCAUAAUUACAUUGUCAUGUAUUUCAGUCUCCAAUUAAAAACACAAAUGCCUCAG